AUGGUCCAUACAAAUAAAGAUAAAAAUAUUCGUCUAGAAAGACAUAGUGCAGGAAAAACCCCAGCAUAUGGAGAUUCAAGUGUACGUUCUGGGGCUGGAAAAUAUAACUGGGGAAACACGACCUCUGAAAUCCGUGCUUUGGAUUCCAAGCCAAUUGAUGAAGGUGACCCUAUGUAUGAUAGUGAACAUGAACGAAUUAGCAAAUAA